AUUUCGUGGAACAGCUCGUACCGGUUGCGCGGCGCGAGAGCACUUUUUUUCUAACCCAAUAAUAGAAUUAGAACAGGCCGAGUGCAACGUACGGGAUACCACCAGCACAGGCUGUCUUUCGUUUAGUUUAGGUUGGUAGCUCCCUGCAAAAGCAGUUGUCACCCGCUGACGUUAGUGAAAGUAGAAACGCGGCGCGUUCGAGUGCACAAUUCGUUAAUCUAAUUAUUUAUUAUCCACGGUGUUUUUCGGGCUACUAAAGUCGCAAUCAUGAGAGAAAUUGUGCAUCUGCAGGCCGGCCAGUGUGGAAAUCAGAUCGGAUCGAAGUUCUGGGAAAUCAUCUCGGACGAACAUGGGAUUGAUCCGACCGGGCAUUAUCACGGUGACAAUGACCUCCAGCUGGAACGAAUCGACGUGUACUACACGGAGGUCAAUGGAAACAAGUACGUACCGCGUGCCGUCCUCGUUGACCUGGAACCCGGCACAAUGGACUCGGUUCGACAGUCUCCCUAUGGGGCUCUCUUUCGGCCAGACAAUUUCGUCUAUGGACAGUCAGGGGCAGGUAACAACUGGGCCAAGGGUCACUACACAGAGGGUGCCGAACUGGUCGACAACGUAUUGGAAGUGAUACGAAAAGAAUCGGAGGCCUGCGAUUGUUUACAGGGAUUCCAGCUGGCACACUCGCUCGGUGGAGGAACCGGUUCCGGAAUGGGAACGCUGCUAAUAUCGAAGAUUCGGGAAGAAUACCCGGACAGAAUCAUGAACACAUUCUCCGUCGUGCCGUCACCCAAGGUUUCGGACACAGUCGUAGAGCCGUACAAUGCCACACUGUCCAUCCAUCAGUUGGUUGAAAACACCGACGAGACGUUCUGUAUCGACAAUGAGGCACUCUACGAUAUUUGCUUCCGCACACUGAAGCUCACCUCACCGACCUACGGUGACCUGAAUCAUCUAGUCUCUGUCACAAUGUCGGGCGUGACCACGUGUCUGCGCUUCCCCGGUCAGCUGAAUGCGGAUCUACGUAAGCUGGCCGUCAACAUGGUUCCAUUCCCGCGACUGCACUUCUUCAUGCCCGGUUUUGCUCCGCUAACGGCGAAGGGUUCGCAGCAGUAUCGCGCCCUCACAGUUCCCGAACUUACCGCACAGAUGUUUGAUUCUAAGAACAUGAUGACAGCCUGCGAUCCCCGGCAUGGACGCUAUCUAACCUGUGCUGCCAUUUUCCGAGGUGUCAUGUCGAUGAAGGAAGUCGACCAGCAAAUGUUCAACAUCCAAAGCAAGAACAGCAGCUAUUUCGUCGAAUGGAUUCCGAACAACGUGAAGGUGGCCGUGUGCGAUAUUGCCCCACGCGGUCUGAAGAUGUCGGCGACUUUCAUCGGCAACACCACUGCCAUCCAGGAGAUCUUCAAGCGCAUCUCCGAACAGUUCACGGCCAUGUUCAGACGGAAGGCCUUCCUGCACUGGUACACCGGCGAGGGUAUGGACGAGAUGGAGUUUACAGAAGCCGAAUCGAACAUGAACGAUUUGAUUUCGGAAUACCAACAGUAUCAGGAUGCUUCCGUCGAGGAUUACGAGGAUGGCGAGGAGGUGGUUGACGAAGAGGAGCAGCAGCAGGUGGAAUAGAGGAAGAGGAACGUUACGGGGCCGCUGCCAGUGCGCUGCCCUCCCUAGAGCCAAACGUAGGAAGAAUGUGUUCCAUAUUUUCAUUUUUUUUAUUGACAGAGAAAAGCAGUCCCUUUAAUAUAGCAGACGAAAAUGUAUUUAAACUUGUUAUGACAUAAAUAUUGGCUAUUUUUAAAC